UUAAAGAGCAGUGAGAGUUCCUGAGGGUCUGGGUGGGGUUAAGUGGGAGCACUGGGUCAGGAUGCUUCCCCGGGAAGUUGGGCCGGGGUCCUUCAGGGAGACUGCAGGUGACCCCUGCAAAGCGCCCUCAUUUGGGGUGUCGGCACGGCGGGCUUUCUGAUGUGGAGGUCACCCGUCCUGGUCCACGCUAGAGCGCCCUCUCUAGCCCGGCUGCUGAUUGAUUGACAUCUCACCCCCACCCCCUCGCGCUGUCACCCUGGUGACGCCGGAAGCAUGCUCUGGUCCAGAGAUUCCAGGCACCUACCAGAACCGGAAGUGCCCGCGGCGGCUAUUACCCCUCCCGCCAGGAAAACCGGAAACGUGUUCCCAACUACCGUUCCGCCCGCGCCCUGGCCUUCGGUUCCGUUUGCUUCGCGGCCCGGAAGUGCGGCCUUCAAGUUGGCAAGAGGCAGCUACUGCAGGGCCUGGUGCCUGAGGAGUCGGAGAUGGCAGCAACAGAGGCGGUGCACCACAUUCACCUGCAGAACUUCUCACGCUCCCUGCUGGAAACCCUUAAUGGGCAGAGGCUGGGUGGGCACUUUUGCGACGUGACUGUACGCAUCCGUGAGGCUUCCCUACGUGCGCACCGCUGUGUGCUGGCCGCUGGCUCACCGUUCUUCCAAGACAAAUUGCUGCUCGGCCACUCUGAGAUUCGUGUGCCGCCGGUGGUGCCUGCUCAGACCGUGCGCCAGCUGGUUGAGUUUCUCUACAGCGGCUCGCUGGUGGUGGCGCAGGGCGAAGCGCUGCAGGUGCUGACUGCGGCGUCGGUGCUUCGCAUCCAGACGGUCAUCGACGAGUGUACACAGAUCAUCGCGCGUGCCCGCGUCCCCGGCGCCCCUGCACCCACGCCCCUCCCAGCACCCGUACCCCCUCCGCUCGCACCCGCACAGCUGCGCCAUCGCCUGCGCCACUUGCUGGCUGCGCGCCCCCCGGGUCACCCUGGCGCCGCUCACAGCCGCAAGCAGCGCCAGCCCGCGCGUCUACAGCUGCCUGCGCCCCCCGCACCCAUCAAGGCCGAGGGGCCCGAGGUCGAGCCCACGCUGCCUGCUGCCCCUGAAGAUAGAGGUGAUGAAGAUGAUGACGACGAGACGGAUGAAGAGACGGACGGCGAGGAAGGUGACGGUAGCGGCCCAGGUGAGGGCCAGGCACCUCCUUCCUUCCCAGAUUGUGCAGCGGGCUUCUUCGCCACAGCUGACAGCGCGCGUGAGGACCCCCCUGCAUCCACCGGCCUCACUGACUAUGGUGGUACGGGGAGAGAUUUCCUUCGGGUGACUGCAGUGACCGAGGACGUGUUCCCAGAUAGCUUCGUGUCCGCUUGGCAUGAAGAAGACAGCGGCGCCCCAGAAGGUUGUCCGGUAGAGACCUCUGCUCCGCCCGACUGCACCCUGGCCGGGCCUCGCCCACCUGGCGUGAAAACCCCUGGGCCACCUGUGGCUCUCUUCCCCUUUCACCUGGGCGCCCCCGGGCCGCCGGCGCCCACACCUCCAGCUCCAUCCGGGCCAGCUCCCGCGCCCCCGCCCGCCUUCUACCCAACUCUCCAACCAGAUGCGGUCCCCAGCGCACAGCUGGGAGAAACCCCAGCCGUGUCUGCCGCUCCUGCUCCAGCCCUAUCCGGCACUCAGGUGCGCGCUCCGGGUGCCCCAGGCUCUGAGCAACCCGCCUAUGAGUGUAGCCACUGCCGCAAGACGUUCAGCUCGAGGAAAAACUACACCAAGCACAUGUUCAUCCACUCGGGGGAGAAGCCACAUCAGUGUGCAGUGUGCUGGCGAUCCUUCUCGCUGCGGGACUACCUGCUGAAGCAUAUGGUCACGCACACGGGUGUGCGCGCCUUCCAAUGCGCAGUGUGCGCCAAGCGCUUCACGCAGAAGAGUUCGCUCAAUGUGCACAUGCGCACGCACCGGCCUGAGCGCGCGCCCUGCCCCGCCUGCGGCAAGGUUUUCUCGCACCGCGCGCUGUUGGAGCGCCACCUGGCCGCUCACCCGGCAACCUGAUUCAAAUACCGCUGCGGCACCGUGGGAUCUACCACCCGGUGCAACUGGUCUCGCCUGCAGCUGCGGUCAGACGCUUCGACCUGGUCCGCUCCACCAGAAGGCUCUGGCUCCGACCCUCCCCUUCACUUCUUUUUCCCUGUGGACUUGGGACCCAGACCCCUUUUUCUCUCCUACUCAUACGUAGACCCUCUGGGUGGGGCGGGACCAGUAAUGGAUGUUCGGGGACCCUGGUACCUCUGAGAAAUAGAACAUUCGCACAUUGAACUGGAUGUCCAGGUCCUUGGGGCCUGGCACAGGAUUUGUGCCUCACCCCCUGCCGGCGUAUGGUUGUCCUCUGCCCCCGUGUUGGGCUAGAAUUGUCUUCACCCAUAGUUUGGAGGCAUCUGGUGUCAAUGGAGGCUCGGGUGGACCCACCACAGGACUUUAGGAUUCUGUUCUAAUAAAGGCUAGUGGACUAG